AUGGGGCACCUCCUUCAGCUUCUCGCACUCUCGCUCCUCUUCGCCACUCCCUCCUUUGCGCAGACAAAUCCCAUUGAUAUCCGCGAGGCAACCAUCUCCAGCAUCCACAACUCCUUGUUCUCCGGCCUCACCACAUGUCGGGACAUAGUCAGCGCAUUUAUCGCCCGGAUCGAGCGCUUUAACCCGGAUAUCAACGCCAUCAUUACCCUGAACCCAGAUGCUCUUUCAAUAGCCGACUCUCUCGACCAGUCCCUUUCCCAAGGCAACGCCACAGGUCCACUCUUCUGCAUCCCCAUCCUGCUCAAGGACAACUACGACGCCCUGCCCAUGCCCUCGACAGGUGGGUGCCUGGCCCUGAACGCCUCAACGCCCACUCAAGACGCCCCCGCCGUGCGUGCCUUCCGCAACGCCGGCGCCGUGAUCUUAGGCAAAUCGAACCUGCACGAACUUGCGCUCGAGGGCCUCUCGGUAUCCAGCUUGGGCGGCCAAACCAUCAAUCCCUACGACUUCACCCGCACGCCGGGAGGGAGCUCAGGCGGCACGGGCGCCGCAGUUGCAGCCUCGUUCGCCGUGUUCGGCACGGGGACGGACACGGUGAACUCGCUACGCAGCCCAGCAAGUGCCAACAGCCUGUUCAGUUUCCGUCCCACUCGGGGCUUGAUUUCUCGCGCGGGCGUGAUCCCCAUCUCAUACACCCAAGACACGAUCGGCGCGAUAGGGCGAUGCCCGCUGGACAUCGCGACAGCCAUGACGGUCAUGGCCUCGAUCGGCUAUGAUCCGGCAGACAACGCGACGUCGGCGAUCCCGCCGUCGGUGCUGGGCACCGACUACACGACAUUCAUACCACAAGGCGUACGGACAAACCUCACGGGGAUCCGCAUCGGCGUGCUCGAAGGGUUCUUCAACCGCACGGCGAGCAAUGAGACCACACCGGUCAACGACGCCAUGGACAACGUGAUCUCGGUUCUGCAAGCCCAAGGAGCCAUCGUGGUGCUGAUCAACGACACGACGACGUACAACGCGACCUCCAUCUCGGCCCAGAUGGACGUGCAGACGUCCGAGUACCGCGAAAUGCUCAGCCACUACCUCUCCAGCGACAACCUCACGGGACCACACCCGUUGACCAUGCCGCAGCUCUACACACCCAACCAGACCACCCCGGAGUUCUUAGUGAUUCCAUCACAAUACUCAUACGUGGAGACAGCUCUAGUCUCAUCGACAUCCAACACCUCCUACUUCCUCAAGCAAUCCUUGAUCACCAACCUCACAAGAGCCCUGCACACCACAAUCCUCUCCAACCAACUCACCUGUAUCAUCUACCCGGAACAAAAAAACCUAGUCGUACCCAUCGGCUCGCCCAGCCAGUCCGGGCGCAACGGCAUCCUUGCCGCCUUGACGGGCUCCCCCGUCAUCACCGUUCCCGUCGGCUUCUCCCCCGCCUCGAGCACCGCGCCCAUUGGAAUCCCCAUCGGCAUGGAGAUUCUAGGCCUGCCCUGGACCGAAGGUACGCUGUUGCAGAUGGCCAAGGCCAUCGACGACGUCUUGCAUACUCGAAAAAUGCCCGUGACGGCGGGAUUGAACGAGACCGUCGAAGUCACCACGGCUUACGCCAGUGUGCCGCGGGUCGUGCCGCUGGGGGCGAAGAAUAUAGACAAGGCAGCCUAUCCUCUCGGCGUGUACUGA